CCGGACUUCUUUUGUUCUGACGAAGAGGCUGGAAUCUUAUUUCACAGCUUCCUUAGAAAUGACCCUUGUUAAUAGUUGCUUAGAAGAAAGCAAUGCAUCAUUUCAAACAGCUUUCCAAAGAAAUUCGCUGUAUUAGAUUGCUUUAAAUACACCCACGCUGACUGACGGGCUGUCAUUUAUGCCACAACACAGGCCGAGAAGACAGACCAGUCAGUGUCAUUGCUUAAAAUGAAGACUAUAGUGUUUGUUGUCCUUUUUACAAAUGUUUGCUUUCAAUGUGUUGCCCCAUCACAACAAAACAUACGCAAAAAUCGUGCAUGGGUGGUGGAUUCACUGUCUUUGGAGGAGGAACACAGUGGGCCUUUCCCAUAUAAACUGGGAGAUUUAAAUAUUGAGAAGAACAUCAUCAGUAAAUACAUCGUUCAUGGACAGGGGCUUGACAAAGAUCCAAAGGGAAUUAUUUCGAUUGACACUGCCGAAGGAUCUAUUUACGUUCACGGGAAAGUCGACUAUGAGAAAUAUAAGCAUUUAACAAUCACAUUUGAAUCCGGUGAAAAGUCACCGACACUUGUUGUGGAUAUUGAGAUUCUGGAUGUUAAUGACCAUGCACCUGUUUUUAAUAACCUAGUGUAUGAAACAACUAUCCAUGAAUCAACACCACAAGGUGAAGAAUUGGUUACAGUACUGGCAUCCGAUGAUGAUCAGGAUGGAACAGCAAAUUCACUGUUGUCUUUCAAAGUCGUGUCUGUGACUCCCAGCCCCUCUAAUGCAGAAUUCUUUAUUCAACAAACUGAAGGAGAAACAAUAGGCAAGAUAUCUUUCAAGGGCUGUCUUGAUUAUGAGGAGGCCCGACAGUACACUAUUCUGGUUGAAGCAAAGGAUCAUGGGAAGGAGGUGCAACUGUCCAGCACAGGCACAGUGAUAGUGAAUGUUAUCGACAAAAACAACCAUCAACCUGAAAUCACUGGAAAACCACAGGGUUCUGUGGUGGUGAAAGAGGGAAAGCAUGGAGAACAUGUUUGUCGACUGCAGGUGACAGAUAAAGACAGCAGAGGAUCUUCAGCUUGGAAAGCCAAAUAUUCUCUCCAAGGUGAAAAAGCAGAUCACUUCAAAAUUGAGACUGACCCUGAGACCAAUGAUGGAGUCAUAACAGUCAUUGAGCCCUUGGAUUAUGAAGAGAAAUCCAAUUUAAACAUAAUCGUCAACGUUGAGAACGAGGAGCCAUUCUUCUACUGUAGAGUGAAAGGACGUCCAAGCAAAGGCCUGUGGGAUGUAGAAAACUCACAAAGGUCCAUUUCCACAUCCGUGUCUCUACCGAUGACUGUUGUUGUGGAAGAUGUCAAUGAUCCUCCGGUAUUUUUGGAGCCCAUCAAACACAUAACUGUUAUGGAGAAUGUGGGUAUUGGCCACAGCCUGUGGACAAUUAGAGCCGAAGACCCAGAUCAACAUACUUUUGUAUUCGUCAGAGGAGAAGAUAAAAAUGGUUGGAUAACUGUGGACGAAAAAACAGGUCAUGUGUCUACAGUCAAAGUUCUGGACCGAGAAUCACCCUUAUUGAAAAAUGAUACUUAUACCGUCAUUUUAUAUGCUGUUGAUAAUGGAAUACCAGCAAUGACCGGGACGGGGACCUUAAUUAUUUAUCUAAUAGAUGAGAAUGAUAAUCCACCCAUGCUACUGGUUGACAAAUUGUGCAUGUGCUUGUCUGAGAAAGCCACCGAAAUUACAGCUUUCGACACGGACCUGCAUCCAUACGGAGCACCAUUCCACUUUGAGCUUAUGGGAAAUGUUGAGGGAAGAUGGACGCUCAGUUCCAGCUAUGGAACAACAGUGAGGUUGAUCAAAGAGGACACUGUUUUUGUGGGUGAUCACAUGCUCACCCUGAAGAUCUCUGACACCCAGGGCCAAAAUUCAAUCCAGACCAUUUUGGUUCGUGUUUGUAACUGCGAUAUUACUGCAAACUGCAAUGAGCCCAGAGCUCCAACUAUAAAACUGAAGUUCACUGCUGUGGCGGUUAUAACAUUAAGCUUCAUAACUCUGUUGGGCAUCCUAUUAAUGGCUUGUCUGAACAGAAAGAAGAAAACCAAGGGAUGGAAGUAUUUGGAAGGACCUAAGGGAUCUCUUGUGAAUUACAACAUAGAAGCUCCAGGAACUGACUGCAAGAGAAUAUUAUCGAUAUAGUUCACUGACUACCACUAAACUAAAGAUGGAAAUUUCUAAUGGAGGCUGAAAGACAAAUUUACAUUUAUUUUCCUAUAGGACCUUCCUUCAACGGCAUGGUCAAUUGAAAAAGAUUUAAUCUGAUGCGACUACUGAGUGCACAGAAGAUUAUAAUAUGAAGAUAUUGCUAUAAACAUUACUGUUGUUUAACUCUAUGUGGCGUACACUGUUUUUGAAGAUGAUAUUUAAAGAUGCAAUGCAAUGCGGUGGUAAAGACACAAUUUGUCUCUUGCAAUAGACACACAUACAGAACCAGGUUUGGGGUUUUGUGCUUCAAGUGUAUUAAUCUAAAAUGUACAUAUACAGGUUUUCUCAACAGAUCGUGAAACAUGGCUACUCUGAGAAACUUUGUUCAGUCCAUACAUAAGUUUGCCUCGCAAGUCCGGAGUACAGAGUGGGCAAACAAAUGCUUAGAAGAAAGGGAUAUUCCAGCCCAAAAUGAAAAUUCUGUCAUGAAUUACUCAUCCUCAAAUUCCAAACCUGUUUAAUUUUUUUCAUUCUGAGAAAAAUAUUUGGAUAAAUGUUAGCAACUGACAUUUCCCUUUAAGUAGUCCGGAAAUUGAUUUGUUGUGAGAUAUGAUUUAUACAAAAAAAUCUUGUAUAUUCUUAACGAAGGAUUCAUAAAGGUUUGCAUUAUAUGUGGUAAUAUGUGGUGUAUACAUGUACAAAAUGUAAAAGCAGCAAUUUGUGUAUUCUAUAUUUUAUUUAUGAUGUACAUUUAAACAUUUUUACUGUAUAUCCAUGGUUGGAUAGUUUGUUUUUGGUCAAGCUUUAUCCAAAGGUUUGAUCUGCCUAGUUUUUUUAAAUGUGUACAUUUUUUUUAAAUGUCAAAAUAUUUUUUAAACUAAGUAAACACAUUAGUUAAGUGAAGUCUGGUUAGAUUCUGUGAAUGAACACGUAGUUGAUGUAGUUGUAGUUGUAAGUGUCAUGUAAUGUAGGCUGAAGUAAAAUGCAUUGCAUGUAAAAUAAGUACAUAAAUGUUUCCUUUGGGCUAACUGCUUCGUAAAAUAAAGGAGUUAUUUUUAUAUAA